AUGUUUUUUCUAUAUAAAUACCUGGAGGCGUUUCAUCUUAAACCCCACAGCAAAAAGCCACUCUCCUCUCUCUCUCUCUCUCUCUCUCUAAUUUUUGUUUCCUCUGCUUCCAUGGCCACCAAGCUCGACACAAGCAGCUUACUUUUCGCUCUCUUGUCCAAAUGCAGCCUCCUUACUCAAACCAAUCUCGCUUUCUCUCUCCUCGUCGCCUCCCUCGCUUGUCUCGCUCUCUCUGUCUUUUACUGGUCUCAUCCCGGAGGACCCGCCUGGGGAAAAUACUUCCUACAUCGUCGCCACCGAACCACCGUAAUUCCCGGACCAAGAGGCUUACCUUUCGUCGGAAGCAUGUCUCUUAUGUCAAACGCUUUGGCUCACCGUUGCAUAGCCGCAACCGCGGAGAAAUUUGGAGCCAAACGACUAAUGGCGUUUAGCUUGGGAGAUACUCGCGUGAUCGUCACGUGCAAUCCCGACGUAGCUAAAGAGAUUCUGUACAGUCCGGUUUUCGCUGACCGGCCGAUUAAGGAAUCAGCGUACUCCCUUAUGUUUAACCGUGCUAUUGGAUUCGCUCCUUACGGCGUUUACUGGCGAACCUUGAGAAGAAUCGCGUCUAAUCAUCUUUUCAGCCCGAAGCAGAUCAAACGUUCCGAAACGCAGAGACGUGUGAUCGCGAAUCAGAUCGUGAAGUGUCUCGCAAAACAGAGUAACACCGAGGGACUCUGUGCUCGUGAUUUGAUCAAAACGGCGUCGCUUAAUAACAUGAUGUGCUCUGUUUUCGGGAAAGAAUACGAGCUUGAGCAUGAACACGAUGAAGUGAGUGAGCUUCGUGGUUUGGUGGAAGAAGGUUAUGAUUUACUCGGAACACUUAACUGGACCGAUCAUCUCCCAUGGCUGUCGGAAUUUGAUCCUCAGAGAAUCCGGUCUAGAUGCUGCAGUCUCGUACCAAAAGUAAACCGGUUCGUGAACCGUAUUAUCUCAGACCACCGUGAUCAAAUUCAUGACUCGCCGAGUGACUUCGUUGACGUAUUGCUCUCUCUUGAUGGUCCGGAUAAAUUAUCCGACCCGGAUAUCGUCGCCGUUCUUUGGGAAAUGAUAUUCAGAGGAACUGACACGGUGGCUGUUUUGAUCGAGUGGAUUCUUGCUAGGAUGGUCCUUCAUCCAGAUAUUCAAUCGAUGGUUCACAAUGAGCUUGACCAGAUCGUGGGAAGAUCAAGAGCCGUCGAAGAGUCUGACGUGGCGUCUUUAACAUAUCUGACGGCUGUGGUGAAAGAAGUCCUGAGGCUUCACCCGCCAGGCCCACUUCUAUCAUGGGCCCGCUUAGCAAUCACAGAUACGACCAUCGACGGUCGUCGUGUUCCCGCGGGGACAACCGCAAUGGUGAACAUGUGGGCCAUAGCGCACGAUCCACACGUGUGGGAAGAUCCGUUGGAGUUUAAACCCGAACGGUUUGUAACGAAGGAAGGUGGGUUUGAAUUCUCGGUUCUUGGGUCGGAUAUGAGGCUUGCACCGUUUGGGUCGGGUCGUCGGGUAUGCCCCGGGAAGAAUCUGGGUUUGACCACCGUUACGUAUUGGAUCGCGACGCUUUUGCACGAGUUCGAAUGGCUUGCACCGUCGUCCGAUGAGAAGACCGUUGACUUGUCCGAGAAACUGAGGCUCUCGUGUGAGAUGGCUAAUCCUCUUGCUGCUAAAUUGCGCUGCAGGCGCAGUUUAAGCGUAUGAUAAGAUUAUACACUAAAGGAAAAAGAAAAAAUAGUGUGCGAGUGUGAGAGGCAGUAAAGAAAAAAAAGGCUAUGAAGCUUUUAUAUAAUUAACACUAACAUCUUGAUACGCGACGUGUUUGCUGGUGUGUGCCCGAGUGAUGUAUUUGUAAAUAUAAUGAAAAACAUUAUUUAAUACUAUGUGACGAACAAAAAAAGGGUAAUACUACAGUUGUGGUUUUAUUUUGCUUAAUGAAACCUAAUUAAUAUUAUGGAUUACUAGCUCCGCUAUUCUGGG